GCAAAUCUUGUUUGGUCGGGGUCUCUGAACUAAAGCGUGACUUUAGAGAGAUAUAUAGGGUUAAAGAACGCCUCAAAACAUCCCACUCGUUCCAGAUAUCUCUUGUAGAUUAAUACAGAAAAUACGGAACGCAGAGGCGGCUAGUUGGUUUGCACCUCUGCCGUGGUGGAGUAUAUUAACUUUUUAAAAUGUGUCGUGUCUCUAUGUGACAAUGAAAGCGGUGUCCUUCAGACACCUUGAUAGCAAAAUAUCAGAAUAGUUGUUUAUGUUGUUUUAAUAAACAUUUAGGGUACAAUAAAAUUAGACAUUUAGUCUGUAAACAUUGGUUCAUUAUAUGCUAUAAAGCAAAAAACGAAGGAAACCGAAUGGUGUAAUUUUGAAAAUAAAAUAAAAUAAAACUCCAUCCCAGAGGCAGAUCGAUAUAGGAUCAAUACGCAUUUUUACAGACAUAAUGUCUACGGCUGCUGAGAUCUCGCCAAGAUGUCAGGUAUUAGUUGAGAGAGUCAGAUUAGUUUUAGUGGGCAGGAGAGCGGCGAAACCCGUCAUGCGAGCGAGCUGUGAGCCUAGCGGAGAGCGAGGCUACAGAGAGCUGUGAACUGAAUGGAAAUCUGUUGGUGAACUUAGACGCACUGUUGUCAGAGAGCGACACGGGACUCCUGCGUAAAACAAAGUAGCCCCGACUGGGAGUCGGGAGCCGACGAACUCCGUAAAGAGGACACACAAGUUGAUUCGAGCGAGAAGCUGAUCACUUGUAAACCGGCGCUGCGCUUUUACUAACAUGCCCGCUAUCAAAAAGGAGAGACUGGAUGGGGACGAUAUGGCAUUGGCUGCCUUCAACCAGCCCGAAUACCUGGCCCCUUUAAAUGCCACCUCUAUCCCCGUGGUGACCCCUCAUCCGCCGCCGUACGAUCAAAUUUUCGCCCAUCAUCGCGCUUACUUGGGACUACACGACACCGCGCUACAUCACCAACACCUUCACCACUACCCCGAAGACUUAAUGCUGGAGAGAUUCUCUUCCAUUCCCGACUUUCAGCCUUUUUUUGACAACGGGGAGCCCUGCAUCGAGGUGGAAUGCGGGGAGAACAAGGCUUUGCUGUACAUUAACAAGCUUUGCCAGGGCAGCAAGGGACCCUCCAUCAAAUAUCGGGGCGAGUGGCUCACCCCGAACGAGUUUCAGUUUGUCAGUGGAAGGGAAACUGCCAAAGACUGGAAACGUAGUAUAAGGCACAAAGGGAAAAGUCUGAAGACCCUUAUGUCCAAAGGAAUUUUACAGGUACAUCCUCCAAUCUGUGAUUGCCCUGGGUGUCGAAUUUCGUCUCCAGUGAACCGCGGGCGCCUGGCGGAGAAGCGCACCACGCCCCUCCCCCCGACGCGCGUCCCCAAGAAGGAGCUGGUGUCCAUCUUCAGCAGCGACGACAGCGAGGGCAGUGAGAAGGCCAAUGGGGACCACGGCGAUUUCAAGCAGGAGGACGAGCUGCGCUUCGGCAUCAUGAGGAAGAGCCGCGACAGCAGUGACCUCACGACGAUCAUCUCCAACCUGCACCACACCCGGCAGAGCGGCAUGCCCGAGGGCCAGCCGGGCGGCGAGAUCAGCAGGAGCAGCACCGUGGACAUCGGCUCUGCCGCCGCAGAUGACAUUUUAGGCAAGAGAAGAUCGUACUCCCCGAACAGCAGCAGCGAGUGCCCCUCAGAGAGCAAGAGGACCCGCAGCGCGUCCCCCAAAGAAAACUCCCAUACCCCUGCACUGGAGCCGCUGGCCAGUCACAUGACCCCGGAGGAGCACUACAGGCGGAUGAUGACAGCGCUAAACGAGCACGGGUCCUACGAGGAGCAGCAGCAGCGGCUCUACCAGCUGGCCAACAGCAUGGGCGUGGCCAGCCACGGAGACCUGUUGCGUGCUCGCCAGGAGGCGGUGGCGGCGGCGGCGGUGCGGAACCAGGGCGCCAUGGAGGCCCACCUGCCGUCGGCGGGAAGCUCGUCCAGCCAGCGGCGCAAGCAGGGCCUGCCGCAGCACCGCGACGCGCACUUCCCCGAGAGGGAUAUUUCACACCCCCCGCCCCUCCUGUCCCCGCAAACCGCCCCGCACAUCGCGCUGGGACCCCACCUGCGGCCCCCCUUCCUGAGCCUGCCGUCUGCUUUGUGCCAGGCUCCAGGAUACGGCUUCCUGCAGCCGGCGCAGGCGGAGAUGUUCGCGCGGCAGCAGGAGAUGCUCCGGAAACAGAACCUGGCAAGGCUGGAGAUGUCGGCGGAGCUGCUGAGGCAGAAGGAGCUGGAGACGCUGCAUCGGCAGAGGAUUUUUGGGGACCCCCUGGGGCUGCACCCCGGCCUGCCCCCGGACCACCCCGCCCUGCGCAGCCUGCACGAGAUCCCCGAGGGGCACCCGCUACGGGAGGAGCUGAACCGCCGCAACGCCAUGCUGGUGCUGCGCCACAACAGCGCGCCGCUGCUCUCCCUCAACCACCAGGGGGCGCCGGGGUGCGCGCCGCCCAAGGAGCCCGGGUCCCGCAAGAGCUCGCGGAAAGGGGGCCACGCCCGCGGGGACCCACACGAGGGGCCCGCCCAGGCCAAGGACUCGCAGGGGGAGGGGCGCAUGCACGAAGGCGGGGCCGACGGGCGGGACGAGGAGAUGAAGGACUCGGAGAGCGAGGCGGAGGUGGGCGAGGACCGACUGGAGGGCCCGGCCAAGGCCGACGGCCACGCCGCCGGCUCCGACCCGGGCCAGGGCAAGGACGGGGCCAAGCCCGGCGAGGGAGGGAAAGAUUUGGGCGAGGCGUCCGGGCGGCUCAGCGCCCCCUGCAGCUCCGCGGGACCCGCCUCCCCCAGCCACCAGGCCUUCACCCCGGGGAUGGGCAAGAGCGAGGCCAAAUACCUCCCGCCCGGGACCUUCCCCCCGUUUCCAGCACAGACCUUCCCCUUCGGCUUCCCAUACAGCCCCUACUUCCACAGCGGCGCCAUGGGAGGUCUGCUCCUGGACGGGGAGGAGGCGCCGCCCAUGGAGGACAUCAGCAAGUGGACGGUGGAGGAGGUGUGCGGCUUCAUCAACGGGCUGGCCGGCUGCUCCGAGUACUCACAGGUGUUCCAAGAGCAGGCCAUCGAUGGCGAGACCCUUCCCCUGCUCACCGAGGACCACCUCCUCAACAACAUGGGCCUCAAACUUGGCCCCGCCCUGAAGAUCCGUUCCCAGGUGGCGCGGCGCGUCGGCAGAGUGCUCUACAUGACCGGCUUCCCGCUGGCCUUCCCGCUGCCGCCAUCUGUUCUGCGCCCCCCGGAGCGGGACGCCCCGCCGCCCGAGAACCGCCCCCCCUCCGCCGGCGGCGCCCCCUCCCCGUACGGCGGCCCGCCCGCCUGCCGCGCCUCCCCCAAGCAGGAGGACGGAAGCGCCUCCGCGGCGGGAGUCUGCAACAACGGCAAGCCGCCGUCCUAAGACGACGACGGUGAAGAGGAAGAAGAAAAACAAAACAAAAACAACAAAAAAAAAAAACACGAAAAGAAUCCCAGGGACAGCGUUCAGCUUCUGAGAGAGAGAGAGGAGAGAAAGAGAGGAGAGGAGGGAGAAAAUGAAGAAAAUGGCCUCCAUCCCUUCAGCUAACCUUCAGCUUAACUAAGACCUGUCCUUGAGGCCUGGAGACAGAGGCUCUCAUUUGGACAAAAAAAAAAAAAAAAAACAUAGUUAAAGACAAUCAAUUGAAUAAAGUCCCAUCGCCCUUGAAUUGCUGAUGGCAGGGGAGAAGGCGUAAUCCAAAAACGUGUGAAAACAGGGGGAGGGUGAACGAGGGUCUGGGGGGGGGAGAGACAGGAAGCAUCAGAGAGAGAGAGAGAGAGACAGCACGAGCAUACAGCUGGCCUUUAACAGCCUGCCAAAAAGACAAGAAAAGAAAAGGAAAAAAAACAGAUACAGCAUUCUUCAGUGUCAGACAGACAAUACAGGAAGCGUGUCUUUCCAGGGAUGAACCGUGCUCUUGCCCGAGAGAGGAAGGCAAAAUAAUUUAACCGUUUUUUAAUUUAAUUUUUUUUUUUUUUUGAGGAAAUAUAAAAAAAAAAAAAAAAAAAAACAAACUCCCAGACAUGGACCGGAAUGAGUCAAAGGAGGAAGGAACUCGCCACAACUAUGCAUUCCACGGAUCAAUACCAAAGAUAACAGGAUGCGAUCUCGGUGGUACGCACCUCCACACAGCCUGCUGGCCCGUGCUGUACCGGACAGCGCCCAGAAGGGGGCAGACUGUGGCCCAUGCUCGUGCGACGGGGUGGGGGGACCGAUAAGACUGAGCCGCCCUUGUGCUCUACAGCCCCCCACCCCCGCCUAUUUGAACUUUAACCUUUUUCUUUGGCCUACAUUUGGGACACAGGAAGUGCCUGGCAGCAGAACUCGGCUCACGUUUGUGGAUAGCGGCUCUGUCAGUCCUGGACGUCUGUACGAUCUACGUUUACUACUGUGGGAGAACAAACUAAGCCUAAUUGUACAGUAACUCAUUAUGAACUUUAAAAAAAAAAUUAUCCUGAAGGUUACAUAAGUGGUACUUUUUGUUAAGUGUAGUUGCACGUACCCAGCCCCCCCCCCCCCCCCCACCCCUUACUGAACAAAAUAUGACUUGCUAAUAUUGGUGGUACUUUUAGUUUUUUUUUUCUCUCCAACAUUUCCUGUUUGAUACGCAGUCUAUUGUAACAUUAAAAGCCCCUACCUUCAAAUGCUGCUUAAUAGCAAAAUAAAUAUGAAAAACCCUGAAAAUAUUUAUAGCUCUUUUGUUAUAGUCAGGUUGACAUGAUACAUAAUUAUUCAUCCUAUAAAUGGAUGCCAAAGAUCAACCUUUAUAUUGUUCUGUUUUCCUCUGUUACAGGGAAGUGAAAGGCACAGAGCUCUUUAUGCAAAUCUUAGAGUCCGUCACGGCUUUUUUUAACAAAAAAAAAAUGUAAACAAAGACAAAUUAAAAUGGUCUGUAGAUUUUCCCGUC